AUGUCGACACAAACAACACGACGUCAGAGGUCACUCACAGCUCCAAAAAACUCGGUCGCCUGCGCGAUGGCGGGCGAGGGAGCAAAGAGAGCGCGGAGGUCCAGACGACAGAGUCAUCGAUUCGAUUGGCCAACCGAACUGUUUCUCGAGCCCGCGAACCGAUACGCGUGGACGGUGUAUACACGGCGCGGUCAGAUGCGCGGUCCCUAGCCCUAUAGGACCUUCCUGGUCUAAACUUUUGUGUUGCAGUUAAAGUUUCUAAAAAAAUUUCUAGAGCUUCAAAGGACCUCUGAGAAUACUGAUUAAUGGAGCUUCAAACUUUUUUACAAUGUAAUAGAAGCCAUAUUCAUUAAAAAUUGGGGACAGCAAAAAUUUACAUAAAAUUGGAUAAAAGUCAGCUUAGUCCACGUCCUUAAAAAGUUGACAAAAUGAGUUUAUGACCAGAUUUUUGUUAUAAACUAUUUUAUCUUUUUUUCAAAUAAUGAAAUACGGUUAUUCGAGAAAAAUGUAGCUAACACAGCUUCAAAAACCUUUUAAAAAAAUUUCAGUUAGAAUCCCGUUUUUUAUUGGAGAUUGGCGAAACAAAAACCUUUAUCCACUUGGCCACGGCGCUUUUAGGCUGUUAAAUUACGCAGUUUGUUUUUUUCGAAACACUCUUUAAUGUUAGACGUUAGAAAACAUUGUUAAAAAAAGAAAAUUUCCUAUUUCAGACAAAUCGGUAGGGGAAAACCGGAAAAAAAUCCACAGUAGAAGAGAAAAUCAUUCAACUGCGUACCUCACAGUACGGUUUAUUCAGAGAGAGUCUUUUGUCGCCCUGCCAGCUUAUUAAAUUGAUGAGCCAAAACUAGACUUUUUAUAUAUGUUACAUAAAAAAGCUUAUUUUCUCGAUCAACAAAAAUUUAUCAGAUUUGACGCUUAUUUUACAAAAAAAAAAAGAACUAUUUUUUAGAUGACCAUCUAAAAAUUUGGGCCCAUUUUCUUUCAAAGUUCUGUGAGAAACGUUGACUACUAGCAGAGCAUGUAUGGAUAUAAAAAGUCAAAAUUUUGCACAUAUAUAAAUGAAGAUGUGUCGGACAUCCUGAGAAAAUUUCAUACUGCAAAACUAAUUUACCUCGAUACGAGCUUUGUUCAAAGUUUGUCACUCAUAUUUAUUGGUCCCCAUGUAUAAAAAGCUUCCAAAUCAGCUUCAAGGUAUUUUCAGAGCGCAAAGUGAACUUUUUUUCUUUUCAUAAGUAUAAUCUGGAAUAUGUAGCGCAACGCGAAAAUGGCAUCGAAGGGAUCAAUACCAUACGAGGUUUGGCCGGAAAACUGAAGAAGAUCAUCUCCAGAAUGACAGGGAACAGAAAGCUGGCCACGAAGUGAGUUCAACUCGGUUAUUUUCAAAUGAUCAAGUCCGACUUUUUCAGUUGUCGGGGUUGUGGUUUCUAUCCUGUCAACUUGCCCUCCUAUUGUGAAGCAAGCGGGCCGCUCAUCAAGGGUCCUGGAGCCGUACCGUCUGUAGCAAAGCAGGAAAAGAUCCCACCUUUCAUCAUCAACAUCGGCGAACCCAGAAAGGCUCAGAAGCUUCGAAAAAAGAUUCCUUCGGUUAAAAUUGAUCUCAUAGCUCUUUCUAAACUUCCGACCUCUCCAAACGCUGCUCGAAGCGUUUUGAAAAAGAUUGAAAUUCAUUUUUCGUAUAGUUUUUAGAUUAGAUUAAUAAUGAUAGAUGUUAAUUUCAUUUUUCAACUAUUUUUGAGUGACUAAUACCCUCCUUGGAACCUACUAAAUUGUUGUAAAUUUUGCCUAUAUCCAUACGUGUUCCAAUUAUAUGAUCGUUUUAUCAGACUCGUUACAUAAUUCUUGUUGUAAAUAAAAGUCCUAAUAUUUACUCCGGGUUUUUAUCAAAGUGAAAAAAAUUCAUGAGUUGGUGAAACGUCGUGCCUGAGAGAGAUGUGUUGGAGCCAGUUUUUUUGUGGGUCUUCAUUGCGUUACUGAAAGUUUAAGGGACUUUAUAUGGUGUAACUUUUAUUUUAAUUUUAUGUAAACAUUGAAAAACUUGGGUUCUCCUAACUUCCAUUUCGAGUUUUAGCCGCUGACGGUUGAACUUAACUCGUGACAAGUGCCGCAAACGCGCACGCUACGCGUCCUGCGCUUUUUUAGUCAGGAAAAAGUGACUAUACGAAACAGUUCUUUAAAGAAAUUCUAUUCUAAUAUUUGCCAAGUGCUAAUUAAAAACGAGCCACAUUCCAGCCGUGUGCCAUCGAAAGAUCAGCCUUUGAUAAAAUGAUGGUAAAUUUUUCCACUAUUCAGCGAAGUGCUCAAAAAAGUCACGCUUUCAAAAAUUGUAUCGAACUGUUUCAAAGAAGAGAAUGAGAAAUGUAAGCUUUUUUGAGACCAGUUUGUGAAAAAAUUGAAAUUUUUUCAAUUUUUUAUUUAUCAGAGCGUGUGUAGUUUGCUCAUAUUCGCAACAUUGGUGUCGACACAAACAACACGACGUCAGAGGUCACUCACAUCUCCAGAAAACUCGGUCGCCUGCACAUCGGUAGGCGAGAGAGUGAAGCGAACGCGGUGGUCCAGACAACAGAGUCAUCGAUUCGAUUGGCCAACCGAACUGUUUCUCGAGCCCGCGAACCGAUACGCGUUGACGGUGUAUACACGGCGCGGUCAGAUGCGCGGUCCCUAGGCCUAUAAAAGGACCUUCCUGGCUGUUCUUCCAUCAUUCUCCUUCGUUUUUCUCCCUUCUUCGAUGGUUUAAAGGCUGUUACUUCUUUAUAGUCGCUUUCCUCAAUAUUUUGAUUCGUUAUUCGGUCCCAAUCAGCCUCUACACGAUUUGCGGUCAGAUGCGCGGUCCCUAGCCCUAUAAUAGGACCUUCCUGGGCGUUCUUCCUCAUUUCUCGCUCUUCUUUCCUCCUUGUUCAAUGGUCCGAUGGCCGUUACUUUUUCAUAUUCGCUUCGCUCAAGUCUCUGCUCUGUUUUUCGAUCAAUACCGAAGCGCUUACAUGAUUUCGUAUUCUAGAAAACCUUUGUUUCCUCUUGCAAAAUUCAAAAAGCACUCGAUUAUUAAUUGUUUGCUCGCAACUUUUUUCCUCGUGAUAGUUUUCGGCUCCAAACGCGAUGUUUUCUUCCUAAUGUUCGUUUUUGCUGGUUAUUUACUUCUAAACGUUCAAUAUUUCAGAUUUUCUCGUCCUGAUGUCUAAUCCCAUUCUGUCCAGUGUACCGAGACCCAGGCCAACCAAUUUGAUAGACGAUGUGCCCGUGCCGUUUUUCUUACGAAAGCGAGCCGCUAAAGCUGCGUUAUUAAAAUCCACAAGCGAGCCGAGUUUGAAGGUAUUUUUUGAUUCCAAUUGAAGAAAAUCAUUGCUCGUUUUCUAAUCCCUACUUUUAUGGUUUUAAAAGCGCUUUUUCUCAUUAUCAUCACCUAAACUAUUCUUAUUCAGCGUCCCCGAGGUACCGCAUCCAUGAAGCUGACCGAGGCCCCGACAUCUAGCCGUGCGAAUACGCCUGGAGGCCGCAAACAAGCCGCUGCUCUGAAACCACAAUUCAAGGUACUUUUUUUUUAAAAAGAUACGAAAAUAUUAUAGAGUAUCCGUGAAAUCAGUAAAAUCCAAUUUAAAAGUUUUUUUUCUGGAUAACCUGAAAUUUUCUUUUUCCAAAGUUUUCAAAGUUGGUCAUUGAUUUUAUCAACAAAACAGUGAAAAAAACCUGCGUUGACAAUAACUACUCCGGGAAAUGAUUUCAGAAAAAAAAGAACUUGAAAGACAGAUUAAAGGAGUAAAAAAGAGUCCACCUUUUUGAUUAUUACAGAUCACUCCGGCUAUGGAUCGAAAACUCGGAAUUGAAGCUAUCAAAAGGCGAGCUGCGGAAACGCAACGCAUCAUAGAAGAGAGGAGGGCCCUUCGCGAACUGUCGGAAAGUCGUGCUAAGAAGACGGAAGAGUGAGUAAAACUUGACUCGAAAUCAGAAAUAUUUCUGUUUUUAUUCAGGAAAAAAGAGGUCAAUGUGCCGCUAUCGGAAGUCGAAAACAUGGCUAACAGCAACUCUGCUUCUGGCAUUGCAGCAAGGACUUCUUUCCGAAAAAAAGAUGCCGUUUCUUCGCUGACCCGCGCUCGUGACGUCGAGAAGUCUUCUUCUCAGAGAGGCAAGGACGGUGCUCAGCGACAUCGCGAAGGUUCUUCUCGUGACGUCGCCUCCAAGAGGUCUUCCUCUCGUAAAGACGACGACUCUGCUUCGCGACAUCGCGCAGGAUCUUCCCGUGACUUCAACUCCAAGAAGUCUUUUUCCCGUGAAGACGAGAAAGCUGCUUCGAAAACUCGUGCCGCUUCUUUUAAUGAAACCAAUUCCAAGAAGACUUCUUCCCGUAGAGACGACGACUCUGCUUCGCGACAUCGCGCCGCUUCUGCUCUUGACGUCGUCGCCAAGAAGUCUUCAUCUCGGGACGACAAGGCUUCGAAGUCAACGUCUAAGGGAAAGGCAUCUGACUCGAAGAACGAAAAAGCACCAAAAUCCACGGCAACGUCUUCGAAGAAGUCUUCUCGUUCUGAAUAA